AUCGUGUUAACAUAAAUGGGAGUGGCCUGCCUGUCCUGCAUCUCAAGCCACACGACCUGGUGAUAGGUGCGACACGCCCGCCUCUCAACUGUCGCAUACACACCCUUUCCUACGUGCGCUGCCCGGGGCGAAGGCAACUUGCCGACAGCGAUAACGACGCCAUCUUUCCUUUUUCCCAUCACCUCGACAGCGGCCCCCUGUAGCCCUGCCCUACUACACUAUGGCCUCGCCAACGGAGAAGAAUGUCGACGGCGACGUCCCCACCCAGGCGCCCUUGGGCGCGCUCAAGGAAGAGGGCGCCGCGUCCAGGGAUAACUUGUCCUUGGGCGACAUGAUCCAGAAUGCGAGGACUGCGACGGAGAACGAGCACAGUAUGACCCUGUUGCAAGGUCUCAAGCUGUAUCCCAAGGCUAUCGCGUGGAGCGUCCUCAUCUCGACCUGCAUCGUCAUGGAGGGCUACGAUAUCUCCCUCGUCAAUAACUUCUAUGCCUUCCCACAGUUCAACCAGAAGUACGGUGUGCCGUCGAUCGACGCGGAUGGCAAUGUCACUUACCAAGUGCCGGCAGCGUGGCAGGCCGGAUUGAGCAACGGUGCAGUAGUGGGCGAAAUCAUAGGCUUGCUCGUUAACGGCUGGGUCUCGGAGCGAUACGGGUACCGGUACACCGUGAUUGCUUGUCUCACGCUCCUCAUCGCCUUCACCACCAUCUUCUUUACCGCCCAGACCGUCGUGCAUCUGCAGGUCGCCGAGAUCCUGUGUGGUAUCCCGUGGGGUGUCUUCCAGACCCUAACCAUCACGUACGCCUCCGAGGUCUGCCCCGUGGCCCUCCGUGGCUACCUAACCACCUAUAUCAACUUUUGCUGGGGCGUCGGCCAGAUUAUCGGCAUCGGAGUCAUCAUGGGCCAUCUCUCGCGUACCGACGAAUGGGCGUAUCGCAUUCCGUAUGCGCUACAGUGGAUGUGGCCGGCGCCUCUGAUUGUCGGAAUCUACUUCGCUCCCGAGUCGCCUUGGUGGCUCGUUAGGACCGGAAAACUCGAGCAGGCCAAGCGAUCCCUGCUUCGCUUGACUAGCCUCAACCGAGAGACCGACUUCGAUGCGGAUGAUACCAUUGCCAUGAUGGUGCACACGACGGCUUUCGAGAAGAAGAUCACUAGGGGAGCUUCUUAUCUGGAUUGCUUCAAGGGUGUCGACCGGCGUCGCACAGAAAUUGUGUGUAUGUGCUGGGCGAUCCAGAACUUGAGCGGCAACUCUUUUUCCAAUUAUUCGACGUACUUCCUCCAGCAGGCCGGCCUGUCCAAUGACAAGGCGUACUCCUUCGCUAUGGGCCAAUAUGCAAUUAACUGUGUCGGCGUCUUCGGAGCUUGGGCACUCAUCACUUUCGGAAUCGGCCGUAGGACCCUGUAUCUGUAUGGCCUCGCCGGGCUCUUCGCCAUGCUCUUGAUCCUAGGGUUCCUUGGUUUGGCCGAGGAUAGGAAUGCGGCAUCGCUCGCAACGGGCAGCAUCAUGUUGGUGUGGGCCCUGUGCUACCAGCUUACCGUUGGCACGGUGUGCUAUUCUCUCGUCGCCGAAAUAUCGACGCGGCGGCUGCAGAUCAAGACGGUCGUUCUCGGGCGUAUCCUCUACAAUGUGGUCGGAAUCAUCUGCGGUGUUCUCACGCCAUACAUGCUGAACCCUACGGCGUGGAACUGGGGCAACUAUGCCGGAUUCUUCUGGGCGGGAUCUUGCUUCCUCUGCUUCGUCUACACGUAUUUCCGCGUGCCGGAGCCGACGGGACGUACGUUUGCGGAGCUCGACCUGCUCUUCGAGAAGAAGAUCAGCGCGAGGAAGUUCGCGGAGACGGAGGUCGACGUGUUCGCGGAGAACAUCGAGCAGGACGUGGUGAAGGACUACCAGGACCAGAUCGUCGUGUCUCACCGGGAGACCAAGGUUUAAGAUGCACGGGCGGGAUCGUCGCGGUGGUCGUGGUUCCGAUGGCGGGCUCGACGCACGAGGGGAGUAGGAAGAAGAGGGGAGAGAGAAAGGAAGAGAGAGUCGGUGUUGGAGUCGGCAGUGGCCUACUACUGACACAACCAGACGGCCAAGCCUAGCUGUGCGCAGCAGUGCCGGCGGCGGAUCCGGCACACAUCUCAAUGACGUCUUACGUUACGCCCUACAUAACCCUACAGAGAGCCUAGGCACCUAAACCUAUCCAAGGCUAGGGACCUAGCGAGCAACCUACAGGCACCCACCUCUCUCAUCCAUUGGCCUGACCUGACCUGACGCAUUACCUUAGAUACCUACCUCUACUUAAGGUACACUACAUUACGGCCUAGGAGAG